AUGAGUUUGAAAGGCCUUGGCAAGAGUUUCGUUCGUGCGCCGCAGCAAUUCAAGGCCAAGUUUAAUAUUGGCGAGCACACCAAGGAUGCUGUCUAUAUUGACGCCGAACGAAGAUUUCAGGAAUUGGAGAAGGAGACGAAGAAGCUUCACGAUGAGUCGAAGAAAUACUUUGACGCCAUCAACGGCAUGCUGAACCACCAGAUUGAAUUUUCCAAGGCGAUGACCGAAUUAUACAAACCCAUCUCAGGCCGCGCUUCUGACCCAAGCAGUUACACGAUUGAAGGAAAUCCCGAAGGCAUCCGGGCAUGUGAGGAAUACGAAGCGAUCGUCCGUGAAUUGCAGGAAAGCUUGGCGCCUGAGCUGGAGAUGAUCGACACACGAAUCAUUAACCCGGCGAACGAGCUUCUCGAUAUCAUCAAAAUCUGCCGGAAGGUGACGGUUAAGCGGGAACAUAAAAAAUUGGAUUAUGAUCGACACCGUGCCACACUUAAGAAGCUCCAAGAUAAGAAGGAGAAGUCGCUCAAGGAUGAAAAGGCGCUAUACAAGGCAGAAAAUGAUGUUGAACAAGCAACAGAAGACUACAACCACUUCAACGAUUUGUUAAAAGAGGAACUGCCAAAACUCUUCGAGCUCGAGGCGGAGUUCAUUCGCCCGCUCUUCCAGUCUUUCUAUUACAUGCAACUAAAUGUGUUCUAUACGUUGCACGAAAAAAUGCAAGGAGUCAACAUUGGCUAUUUCGAUUUGACACGGGAUGUCGAAGAGGCAUAUGAAGCUAAGCACGGCGAUUCCAGGGACAGGGCUGAAGAGCUCACGAUUGUUCAUUUCAAGAGCACUGGUGGUCGACGCCAAGGUUCAAAAUACGGGGCAAAGGACAAACUUGCAGCCGAAGGCAAAAGCUCUGUUCGACGAUCAACGUCCAAUUCAGCCGACCACCCCCCUCCUCCAUACUCGCCCGGUGGUGCCGCUGGCACCACGUCGCUUGGUGGUAGCUCAUUAGCUGCUGCAGCGAAGAGCAAACCAGCCCCUCCACCUCCACGACCGAAACCCGGUCACUUGGGCGGUCCGCAUGUCGAAACUGUGACUGCACUCUACGAUUAUGAAGCUCAGGCGCACGGGGACCUCAGCUUUUCAGCUGGUGAUGUUAUUGAAAUCGUCAGCCGUACGAGUAACGAGAACGAGUGGUGGACAGGACAACUGAAUGGUAAAGAGGGACAAUUUCCAGGCAAUUACGUCCAACUCAAUUGA